AUGUGCUGUGUGCCCGGCAUACGGGAGAAACCGGAGGCCUCUGCGCCCCAGCAUCUCUUCCCGGGUAUCUGCGGUCUGGCUGGCGAAAUCAAGUUCCAGCCCAAGAGGCUCCACCGCGGCAAGAAGCAAGGGAUCCCUCGGAUCGAUGUCGGCAGGAUGAGCCAGCCAGACCUUGUGGAGCAGUUUGCUGUGAGGUUCGAGAAAGUAAUGCAAACCUCCCAGGCAGGACAAACUGCCACAGAGAAGUGGGCGACCUUGCGGGACACUAUGCACAGCUCCGCCUUGGCCACCUUUGGAAGGAAGACAUCCAAAUCACUCGACUGGUUUGAGGCUAAGUCCGCAGAGAUGACCCCAGUUUUAGAUGCUAAGCGCGCUGCACUAGCAGAGUACAAACGGUCACCAAGCGAGAAAAACCUACAGAUUCUUCGAGCUGCCAGGAGCAAGGCUCAGCAGACUGCCAGACGCUGCACCAAUGAAUAUUGGACAGAGCUUAGUGUAAACAUCCAGACAGCAGCAAUCACAGGGAACAUCAAAGAGAUGUACAAUGGCAUUAAGAUGACAAUGGGACCAGCGCAGAACAAGACUGCUCCCCUCAAAUCCACCACUGGGGAAAUCAUCACAGACAAGGGGCAACAGAUGCAGAGAUGGGUGGAACACUACUCGGAGCUCUACUCCAGGCAAAAUGUUGUAACCUCCGCAGCCCUUAAUGCCAUCGAACGUCUACCUGUGUUGGAAGAGCUCGACACCGAACCGACCAUAGAGGAUCUGAGCAAGGCUAUUGACAGCUUGGCCUCAGAGAAGGCCCCAGGUAGCGACGGGAUUCCCCCUGACCUGAUCAAGCACUGCAAGACCACCCUACUACUGCCACUGCAUGAAGUCCUCUGCCAGUGCUGGAAAGAAGGGGCCGUACCACAGGACAUGAGGGACGCCAAGAUAGUUACCCUGUACAAGAACAAGGGUGAAAGAAACGACUGCAACAAUUACAGAGGCAUCUCGCUACUUAGCAUAGUCGGCAAAGUCAUCUUGGCCCGUCUGCAGAAACUCGUCAAACGUGUCUACCCAGAGUCGCAAUGCGGUUUCCGAGCUGAAAGAUCAACGGUAGACAUGGUCUUUUCCCUCCGCCAGCUUCAGGAAAAGUGCAGAGAACAGCAGAUGCCCCUUUACGUGGCUUUUAUCGAUCUCACCAAGGCAUUCGACCUCGUCAGCAGAGAAGGCCUCUUCAAAAUUCUGCCCAAGAUUGGUUGCCCACCCAAGCUGCAGAGCUUGAUCGAAUCCUUUCACAGCGAAAUGCAGGGGACCGUGCAGUUCAACGGUAGCACCUCCGAGCCCUUCAACAUCAACAGCGGAGUCAAACAGGGCUGCGUCCUCGCUCCCACCCUCUUCGGGAUCUUCUUCGCACUGCUUCUGAAGCACGCAUUCCGCACAUCAAGUGAAGGGAUCUACCUACGCACGAGAUCAGACGGCAGGCUAUUCAACCUUGCCUGCCUCAGAGCCAAGACCAAAGUACGUGAAGCCCUUAUCAGAGACAUGCUGUUUGCCGACGAUGCGGCUGUAGCGACCCACACCCAGCGUGAACUUCAAACACUGAUGGACCAUUUCUCCCAGGCCUGCAAAGACUUUGGGUUAACCAUCAGCCUGAAAAAGACCAAUGUCCUGGGACAAGGCACUGAAUCACCACCAACCAUCACCAUCAAUGACUACGAGCUCGAUGCGGUCCACCAGUUCACAUACCUCGGCUCCACCAUCGCCGACAACCUCUCCCUGGACGCAGAGAUCGACGAGAGAAUCGGGAAGGCAGCCAUAACCCUAGGGCGCCUCACAACACGCGUGUGGACCAAUCCAAAGCUGACAUCGAACACCAAGAUGGCAGUGUACAACGCCUGCGUCGUUAGCACGCUGCUAUACAGCAGUGAGACAUGGACCACUUACGCCACACAAGAGAAGCACCUGAACACCUUCCACGUGAGAAGCAUCCGCCGCAUCCUGGGAAUAUCGUGGCAAGACAAGGUGCCCAACACCGAGGUCCUGUCUCGUGUAGGUCUGCCCAGCAUGUACACACUACUCAGACGGCGCAGACUCCGCUGGCUAGGCCACGUUCACCGCAUGCCAGACGGCCGCAUCCCCAAAGACCUCCUGUACGGAAGGCCGUCCAAGUGGAGAGGAGCCCUGACACAACACCUCAAAUCAGGGGAGGAAAAACUGAGUCAAGCCGCCACAGAGAGACGGGCCCGCAGAAAGCAAAGUGACAGCUCCAACAGGCCAGACACAGAACACAAGUGCGACUUCUGCAACAAAGAUUGCCACUCUCGCAUCGGCCUCUUUAGCCACAGACGCCGGUGUUCCAGCCUUCAGAAUGCUACCCAUGGUCAACACUGA